AUGAGGACAGCAGGGCCAGAAAUGGAACUCCCCCAGCUGUCGUCCAUGGCUACAGUCACCUUCAACUAUGACUACUACUACGAUGACCAGUGCCAGUCCCAGCACCUGCAGUAUAUGUCUACUUUCCUCCCUAUCCUUUAUAGUGUCGUGUUCCUGGUGGGCGUUGCUGGCAACUCAAUUCUGAUAGCAGCCUUGGUCUUCAAGCGACGGGUCCAGAGGCUGAUUGACAUCUUUAUCAUCAACCUCGCUGCAUCUGACUUCAUCUUCCUCAUCACACUGCCUUUCUGGGUGGACAUGGAGGUGUCGGACGAGAACUGGAGGGUAGGAUCUUUCCUCUGCAAAGCUAGCUCCUAUGUCAUCUCAGUCAACAUGUACUGCAGCAUCCUGCUCCUCACCUGUAUGAGCGCUGACCGGUACCUCGCUAUCAUGCAUCCCUCUAUUGCACGACGGGUCAGGAAAAGAUCCUAUUCCGGAAUACUCUGCAUCUGUAUCUGGUUACUAUCCUUCUGCUUAGGGAUGCCAACCCUUUUGUCUAGAGAACUGAAGAACCAAUAUGGAAAGACUUACUGCACAGACAAAGCCAUGACAGAAGUUAAACAGAUCAUGUCACUGGUGCUUUUAAUUCUGGCCUUCUUCUUCCCACUGUUGAGUAUCUUAACUUUUUACUGCUCCAUCGCCAAGAGACUCUGCAUGCACUAUCAGAAGGCUGGGAAAAAAGAUAAGAAACUGAGAAAAUCCAUCAAGAUUGUCUUCAUUGUAGUGGCAGCUUUUGUGGUUUCCUGGGUUCCUUACAAUCUUUUCAAGCUUAUGGCCAUCCUUUUGCAACUCCUAAAGCAGCCUGACUGUUUCUCUGGCAGGGUUGUCCAGCUGGGCAUAAAGGUGAGCAGCCCUUUUGCUUUUGCCAAUAGCUGUGCCAACCCAUUCAUUUACUUUUGCUUUGACAACUACAUCCGCAGAGCCAUGCUCCAGUGCCUGUGCCCACGGGUGAAAAUCAGCAGCCACAGCUCUGAUACCCUGGACACCCACCUGAGUCAUUCCUUAUCCAAUUUUGUGGCAGGGGAGUAUGCCACCAGGAAGAGGAAGCGCUCUGUGUCCCUCUGAUUGCCAGCUGGGACUGCAGACGAAGGAACUUCUUCCCCAAAACUGGCAGGAAAAGAAAAAGAGAAACAAGCAACAGGGACAGGUGCAAGUGUAACACAACCAGUGCUUCAGGUGGGAGGGAUGUUGCUUCCUUUUAAACGCAGGGAGAUGGAAUAGGAAACCUUAAUCACAGAAUUACUUCACAAUGAUUGCUGUGACAAUGCAUGGUGUAAAUGUGAAACCAUCAUACCAAGAAAAUCAUACCGAACUACAAAUGCUUAUGCUGGAACCCCAGAACGAGUGCUGCAAACUACAUAAAAGAACCAUGUGAUUCAGCCAAGGCCUCUUCGAGACAAGCUUUGAACUUAUGUGUAUACAGGUUUUAUUCUGUGCAAAAACAGUAACCCGAAUGUUUCUUUUCGCUUCCUAGCUUGCCCACAAAUAAUUCACAAUGUCCUCAAACCGACCUGAUCAAUUCUGGGUUUUUGGAGGUUUUUUGAACUUAGAAAUCCAAUAUUUUAAUCAAUUUGUGUGUUACCAGUUCUCAUAACUCGCGUCUUGUGCAUUUUAAGUCUCAGCUUCUUAUUACAGCAUUAAAUCUUUAGUUUUAAUCAUAAUAAUUAAAGUGUUUAGUCCCUCCGAUUUCAGAAAAAAACAGAACUUGAAGGCAGAGAAACCAGGAGACAAGCAAAACAUUGCAUUUAACCUUUCUCUUAAAGAAAAGAAGACCAACAGAAGCACAUUUGAGCUUUUUUAGACUUUUUUGAGGACCUGACAUAAUUUCUGAUUGCUUGGAUCAGAACUAAAGAGCCACUGCCUUCAACUAAGGAAAACGACAUGGUGUGAGUGAAAGGUUAAACACAUGCAAACCUGCUAAAAGGCUUCAAAGGGAAGACAGCCAUGUCACCUAACACAGCUCAUGAAAAAACUGUCUGGACAGCAGAGAAAAAAAGCCUGGAGACUGGAGGAUGGUAUCCUUCUGACAUAACUGCAGCAUGUGUGCAUUCACUAUGGCUUUUAUUUUCACACCUCUGUAUUUUCUAAACAACUGUAAAUGGGAAUAACUCUUUUGAGUAUUAUGAAUAAAUCCUGGCAUUUGCAUUUUGUAUCAAGCCUUGUUGAACUCUUGAGCUGUUUAAUGUCCGCAGGGAAACAAGAGCGGACCUCACGCAAGGGAAGUGCAAG